AUGGCCCAGUGCGUGCCACUUAAGGGAUCGACGGCGUGUUCUGCCUUCCAAGUGUCUUCAAUAUCGACAGAUGAGGACCUGGUGAAACUGUAUCCGUUCUUAAAGGAUGUCAAAGACACCGCAACAUUUGACGAGCAGCUAAAGUCUUAUGUGCAAACAAAUUAUGUUCAACUCAAGUUCCAAAAUCUUUUCGGUUGCGGGGGAAUUAAACUCACUAAUACGACUGAGCUCUAUGCGCGAUUCGCGACUACCGUACUGUGCAACGGCGUCAUUCAGAAUUCCGUUACCAAAUGUAACCUUUCAGCAGCAAAUUCUCGACCGAUUUGUGCUGAUACUUGCGCACAAUAUGCGAUCAGCGAAGCUAACAUCGUCGCUGACAGCUCUCUUUGCGAAAAUCCAAAUGACAACUACUCAGAUCAGAUUCGAGCCGAUUUUACUACGUGUGCCCUGCCGGCGGACUCCUUAUCUAGUAACGACUGUAUCUCGGGGAUUGCGAAUGAGCCCGACAAUUGUGGAUUCGGAAGCAGUCUUUUGGGCUUGUGUGGUUAUUGCAAAUCUGGGGGACCGAAUGCGACGGAUACGUGUUGCUAUAAUUCUGACGCCGAGACCAGAUGUGCCAACGUCGUCCUCCCUUCGAUUUCGCCAUCAAUAUCUUUGGAUCCCGUUCCAAGCGCUACUUCGACCAGCGAACCGGUAACAGAUCCUGGUAGUCAAAAGGGGCUCUCCGGCGGCGCAAUUGCAGGAAUCGUUGUGGGCGCAGUGGUGGGCUUGGCUCUGUUGACCCUGCUGAUCUUCGCGUGCGUUUUCUUGAGAAGGAGGAGACGUGGCAGCCAGGAUGGCAACCUUCUCAACCAGCCGACGCCUGCUAGGAAAGGGCCGUCAACAGCGCUAAUGACACAGAAUGAUGGGCUGAAUCAUGGAUUUGCAGGGCCACCAGGUGGAAGGAUAGCCCGGAUGUCGGCCCUCGAGGGGGAUGCCCCGUCCCCACGGUCUCAUCGAGACUUCAGCUCCGGAUCCGGCGAGAAGACGGCAGCCGCUUAUGCUAUUAGUAGAACAAGCAGAAGAAGAGGCGAUGAUUACUCGUCGUCCGACGGAUACCGCGACAGCCCGAUAUCUGACCGAGGUAUUGGCAUUCUACGACCGCCACCGACGAUGAAGAGGAGCGGCUCCCUGUCGAGCGGUUCAGUUCUCGCAGGCGAAGACGGUGUCUCGCUAAUGUCAUCACCCCAGGGUGGUGUGGCCAGCCAACAAAGCGAGCAGCUGCCCUUCUUCAAAGAUUACUAUUCUCAAGACGAGAUCCAUCCAGGCGACAAGGUUGCCACGCUUUGGGCAUACCAGCCACGGGCUGCUGACGAGUUCGCCCUUGAACGGGGUGACAUGCUCAAGGUCGUUGGUAUUUGGGAUGACGGAUGGGCAACUGGCGUCAUGGUGAAUGAGACUGCUGAAGAAUGGGAAAACCGUCGCCAAGCCCAGCGAGAUAGCGGAGUCUCCAACACAUCGGGAAAGAUGCGGGAUGUGUCGCCUCCUGUGAGCGGAGAAAUCAAAGCAUUCCCGCUCGUGUGCGUCUGCCUUCCCGAGCAUUGGCGACGAACAAUCGAGGGAGAUGGCUCAACAGAAACCGGAGAGAGUGCUCAGAACCAAUUAUAG